GCGGACACCAGAAGCCGACGCGCACAGCAACGGCAGCUAGCACAAACACAAGGCCGGCUCCACAGAAAAAUGGCCACGGCCCUCUCCCUCAGCGGCGGCGCCACGGGUCGCGGCGGGAGCUCCCUCCUCCGCAGGUACUCCGCCGUGACGCGGUGCUGCGCCGUUCCCCGCCGCUCCUCGCGGCGGAGACCCCCGCCCCGGCGCCUGGCUGCGUCGCGCGCGGACGACUCGUCGCCGGCGCCGUUCGAGAUGACGGUGGAGGGCGCGCUGAAGCUGCUCGGCGUCGCGGAGGGCGCGUCCUUCGACGAAAUCCUCCGCGCCAAGAGCGCCGUCGUCGCUUCCUGCAAGGAUGACCAGGACGCCAUCGCCCAGGUCGAGGCUGCCUAUGACAUGCUGCUAAUGCAGAGCUUAUCACAGCGGAGGGCUGGCAAAGUUGUUGAUAGCAGCAUUCGCUACGCUGAUGUGAAACCUGUCAAAAGUGCAGGAACAGCCCCACAGUGGAUGCAGGCAACCAUGAAGAAUGUGCCUUUGACAAUUGAGGCUCCAUCUUCGAGCAAUCUGGGCAUCCAAUCAUCCAUUUAUGGUGCACUCAUGGUUUUCACUUAUGCUAGUGGAAGCUCUUCAUCUUUACCAUCAGCGUAUACUAGCCCUGAUGUGCCUGGAAUAAUCCUAGCAACAGGAGUUGGUGCUUCAUUGUAUUUUCUGACGAAGAAAAACAUGAACUUAGGUAAGGCAGCAUUGAUCACCGUCGGGGGCCUUGCAGUCGGUGCAACAGUCGGAUCUGGUGUGGAGAAUUGGCUGCAGGUUGAUAUUGUGCCCUUUCUAGGCAUCCACUCACCCGCUGUCGUCGUCACUGAAUUUAUCCUGUUGUCGCAAUUGUUGGUAUCCCUGUUCGUUAGGUAGGAUCUGAAAAACAAGCUGUCAGCUGUCCUGUAAUUAACUGAAAUGGAUUAGCUCUAAAAAGUCUGGAAAAGCAUAUAUUCUCCACUUGAGGUGCGAAGCAGCUGUGUAUAGCAAACAGUACGGCGACAUCUCUAUCCCUUAUACUUCAGUGAUCACUUGUAUCUAGUCUUCUCCAUCUCAAUUUUGCUGUUCCCUUUCUUUGCGCCUGUAUGGAUUGCGAAAGUGUGGUUCGUGAAUCACACUUCUGAAUGCAGCUGCAGCAUUAUACUUCA